AGAGAGAGAGAGAGAGAGAGAGAGACAGAGAGAGAGAGAGAGAGAAAGGAAUAGAAAAGGAGUGAGGGGGAGUGAGAAAAAGAGAAAGAGAGAGAGUGAGGGAGGGAGGGAUAGAUAGAGAAAGAGAGAGAGAGAGCAGUGAGCACAUUCUGGUUUUGCUUUCAAACUCUCGCUCUCCGCUGAAUCAGUGUGUUGCCGUGACAGCUGCCCCACACGUACACACACGCCAGAGAACGAGUAGCGUGGCGACGAGGAAGAGACACCAACGGCCGAUUCUUCAACCCUGCGCCGUCGAGCAGCACCUGGAAGGGCUCAUUCCACUGCCCCUACACCUGGACAGUCCGCCGUCGUCCACUCAGGAGAAGGCAGCCAGGCUCUUGCUCCCUCUCUGGGCUGACCGCUGAACCUCCCGGACACCAGGCGCUCCUCUGGGCCUGACCGCUCUGCACCCCACCGUCUCCAUCCUCACACUCAGGUAGCCCUUGACCGUGCGCGACUCUCGACCGCUGCCAUGUCGGACGAGGACUGCCGCUCGCCCAUCGGGCUGGACUGCUGCAGCUGCUGCGUGGACCUGGCCAACGGCUACCUGCCGGAGAGCCCCGGGCGCGGCGGGGGGGGCCUGGGCGGCCUGGGCAGCCCCACCUUCACCAACCACUUCAGGCAGCUGCGCGACCAGCUGCUCUUCCAGAACCUCAACACGGACAAGCUCAACAACAUCAUCAUGCGCCAGGACUCGCUGGAGUCGGUGGUCAACGACCCCUGCUACCUGCUCAACGAGGGCAUCUGCAACAGCAACAUCGACCAGACCCUGCUCUCCAUCCUGCUCUUCUUCCACAGCAGCGAGACGCGCAGGAGCGGCCUUCGUCCCAUGAGGGGAGACAGCGGCGAUGGAGACACUGGGACACGUGCUGACAUUGCCUCGGGUGCUAGCGUUGUGGCGAUUGACAACAAGAUUGAACAGGCAAUGGAUCUUGUAAAGAACCAUUUGAUGUAUGCCGUUCGAGAGGAGGUAGAGAUCCUCAAGGAGCAGAUCAAAGAGCUGGCGGAGAAGAACAACCAGCUCGAGCGCGAGAACAGCCUACUGAAGAACCUGGCCAGCCCCGAGCAGAUGGAGAAGUUCCAGUCGCGGCUGCCCUCGGAUGCCCUGGACAUCCAGGAUGGGAAUAACCCAGAGCCCAUGGGCCAAUACCGCACUGGCUCUGCUGUGUAAGUGGCUCUGCCUAGGGGCGGGCAGAGCCACUGCCUCACGCGAAAUGGACCUCCAGUUAUAUGGUCGUGCAACUUCACAACAUGGAAGCUGGUCGUACAGAUGAAACGUGACAUGAAAAGCCUAAAAAGACGAUGUUCCAGUCGGCAUAACCUGUUCUGUAAUAUCCGACAAUCUCUUCGGACUAAGGCUGAAAAGAGAGCGCGUUCUCUAGAUGCCUGAGGUUACAUUGGGACAUUAAGAGACCCUCCCCACACACCACCGCCUCACUCCCCGUUUUUGAUAUCCUUUGAAGGGGAUUUGUUUGUGUGUGCGCGUGUGUGUGUGUGUGGUCGGGGGGUUGCCCAGCUUUGCCUUUCUCCCUCUGUCUGAUGAAGACGAGCAGAGGGGGCUUGUGUGUGUGCCAGGGCUGGCCCAGUGAUCCAGAGAUCUGCGCCCGGUGCGGAAUGCCGCCGCGACACCGUCCACGGCCCUCGCCAAGCCAAGGACCCGGACGAACCUCCAGAGACGUCCCUCCCGUCUCCCACAGCCCCACGUGGAGUUCUUUCUAUGUCCGGUCCUGAUGCAAGCAAGGUUUUCAGGGGGGGGUUUUCCAGACUGACUGUCCACAUCCUUCACAGUUCAAAAUGUUUGUUACUAAACUCAAGGACACCAAGAUGCUGUAGAUGAGUACUUGAGAGAGUCAAGCCGGAGCACUAUUCCAAUCAGUGCCUCACUCAGCCGUUGUUGUUAUUUUUUUAAUCAUCAUAACCGUUCGCAAACAUUUGCUUGUAUUUUGUGCAGUUGGGGCUUGCUGCUUAUGGGGGACAAAUACUGCAUCGUUUUGUUUUGUUUAUUUGAUGAAACUGAACAAAAUUCACUUUAUCAUGAAUAAUUGAUGUAUAAAGCUAUGAUUCAACGGAGAUAGAAAAUCUGUAUACAUUUGCUUAAUUCUGUAAAUUAGCGCAUUUUGUGUAAAGUGAAGUGUUUUAUUUGAAAUUGCAGAUUUUGAGCUAAACAGCCAAUGGCUGUUGCUGCAGAUGCACUCCCACAAUGAUCUGCCAGACAUUUGCGUUCUGUUGACUACAUGCCAACUUGUUCCUGGCACAGUGUGUGUAUAUGUAUGUUUGUAUGUAUGUAUGUUUGUGCGUGAGUGCAUGAGUUGAUGUAUGUAUAGGUUGUGUGAUGAAAACCAUGUUUUCAGAAUGGACCUUGCGUUUUCUAACUACCAAAGACUUGCCUCAUACUCACAAGCCAACCAGGACCAUGUGUUACUUUCACAGGGAGAAGUUUGACCGCAGUAGUUUGGGAAAAUAGAAAAAGAAACGUGGGGUUUUGUUGCUCUAUUGUGUCCACUGGGAUGGGUGUUAACAAUGAUGUAUGGAUACAAAAUGCACACUGCAAUAAACCUUAUGUUUACACUA